ACUUAAAUUAAGGUUUAAUGAAUAACUUGGAGAUAUAACUCUCAUGCCUUAUGAUUUAUAAAAUUUUAUUCUAAUCAAUAAAAAUCAUAUUUAUGUUUUCAAAAUACUAUAAGAUAAUAAUUUUUUUUUUCUGAAAUGAGUUAUUGGCGUGAAGCCUCAAGUAUAAUUUUGUUAACAAGAUCUCCUAAUAUUAACAGUUCAUUUAAAGUGUUAUGUCUUAAACGAAGUAAUUUAAAUUCAUUUCUACCAAAUGUUACCGUUUUCCCAGGCGGAACUACCGAAAAGUCGGAUUCUUCCCUAGAAUGGAUAAACAUUAUACCAGCUCAUAACAAACUAGAAUUAAAUUUAAAUAUAGUUGGGUAUAAUGAUGAACCAGUAUUAAAAUUAAUUCAGGAUAAUGAAAAAAAUUCUAUAUCUAAAGAUUUUUCCCUUCGUAUUGCUGCAAUAAGAGAAACAUUUGAAGAAAGCGGUAUUUUAUUGUGUAGAAAAAGAAGUAACAGUAAUAUCAAUACUUCUUUUAAAUGCAGUCAUUUAGAAAUUGAACAAAUUAGUUCUUGGAGAAAAUUAGUUCAAAACGACGCUUCAAAAUUUAUUGAUUUAUGUUAUCAAAAUAAUUGCUAUCCUAAUAUUAGUGCGCUUUUUUUUUGGAGUAAUUGGUUAUCUCCUCCAGUUGUAAAAUCAAAAUUUGACACAAAAUUUUUCAUUGCUAUAGUUAAUUCACCUACAUUUGUUACACCAGAUGGUAUUGAAACAUCCUAUGCAAGUUGGAAUACUCCUGAUGAAAUAUUAUCAAAAUUUGAAUUAGGAGAGGAAAUAUUAGUAACACCUCAAUUUUAUGAACUAUUAAGACUUAAACGAUUUAUUUCCAUUGAGGCUUUGAUUAAGUUUAUUCCUAAAAGAAUUGGUCAAGGUUGUGAACAAAUUAUACCUAAAAUAAUUGUUGUUAAGGAUGGCAUUCUGACAUUACUUCCUGGAGAUGGAAAAUACAAAAAUUUAGAAGAUGCUUUGCAGAUUUAUUAUGAUGCGGAUAAAAAUUUAAAGGACUUCGAUACUACUGUAAUGCAUCGUAUACAUGUCACUGAUAGGUAUUUGCCGAUAAAAUUAAUAAUUAACAAUUAUACAUCUAAACAUGGACAUAUUGUACCUUUUACUAAAAUUUAUCGUUCUAAUUUAUGAAAAAAAAUAAUUUUUACUAGUUUUACCUAGUGAGUAUUUUAGUAAAAAAAAAUGUUUGUUAUGAAUAGAUAUUUAAUUUUAACUGUUUCUUGACAACUAUAACUAUAAUAAUGUUUAAAAAUGAAGUACAGUGUUAGAAUCUAUCUGACAACUCUCAUAACUUUUAAUUCAAUUAUUAUUUUGUAUUAAUAAACUAUGUAAAAUGUAUAUUUUUUAAUAUUUAAUCUUAACAAUAAAAAUAUAUGGUUUUAAUGAAGAUGCAUAGAUGCAUAUUAAAAAAAAUAUAUUUACAGUAUAAUGUUAAUUGUAUCAAAAGUUAAAUGAGUUGUCAGUUAGAUCUGUUCUAUACAUAUAUACAUAGGGUUGUCUCAUCUGGUCUUACAUCAUCUCUUAAUAAUUUUUAAUCUAUUGCAUUAAUUUUUUUAUAAUUUUUAAAGUUUUGUAUUACGUUAAAAGCAUAUUUUCAUUAUUUAUGUCUAAUAAGAUAAAAAAUUGU